AUCAUUGUUAGUUAAUGUUAACUAAUGCAUAUUGUAAUGUUAACAAAUACAACCUUAUUGAAAAGUGUUUUUCUUGUUCAUGAGGAUUAUGUUGGAUAAAAAAGACAUAAUGCGUUAAAGAUUCUUCUUCUUAUUUCAGUGAAUCUCCCCCUAAAACGUCUUUAAAAUCUGUCUGAACAAAAAGUAAAAUCAGUCUGAACAGAGGAUAAUCUCGUUCAUAAUAACCCUUGGCGUGUUUUAUCCUCUGCAGGUUCUGUGCUAACAGAUUUACGUUAUCAGACAGAAGGUGUGAAGGGGAGCGCCUCCUCUACCCAGCACUGCCUCCUCACAGGAGUGGAAAGCAAUGAUGUAAUGUGCCUGGCUGCCUCAGAACCAGCAGCCCCCCUCUGCUGCUUUUCAUCCCCCUUUCUCUCUCUCUCCUUUCUCUCUGCCUCUCUCUCCCUCACCCUCCCAUCCUCUGCUGCUGCCGGUGGCUGGCGUUCGAAUGCGCUGUGUUAGCUGCAGCCCUGGGCAUCUCUGGGGAUCCCUGCAGAGCUACUGUUCCUCUUCUGCCCGUGAUGGCUGGGACUCGCCCGUGCAUGGAAAGGAUCGUCUCUCCCAUCAGCCAAGAUUGCUGAGAGGUCUGCCUGAUCAUCUGCACAAGCACAUGGAGACUGACUUGAGCUGUUGCACUGUCCUUGAGGACCCGAUUUUUGGAAAUCCACCAUUCUGAGGCCCCGCUCAGGGAAAGAUCACUGGUCGUCGCAUCAACGCAUUCCUCUCCUCUUCAGGGGGGCACAAGAUUCCUGCCGAAGCCAAAGAAAAAUAAACAAGGGAGGAAAAGAUCUUCAUGAGUGCCAGAAGAUCCUGAGAGAGAACACGCCGUGAUCUGAGGAGCAAAAUGUGGGCACUGAGCAUGACUCGUUUCUCUCUCCCGACCCACUCCAUUGUCAUUCUUCUCCUGGUUGGAUGGGGUCAAGCAGCGGAAGAUGAUGUCACCCCACGCCUCAGUUUCUCGUACAACGCAAACGAGAGGUCGGCCAAGAGAUUUUCACCCGAUGGAGUCUUCAAUUACACCUCUCUGCUACUCAGUAAGGAGGAUAACAUGCUGUACGUUGGCGCUCGAGAGACUCUCUUCGCGCUCAAUAUCACCAACAUCAACAGAACGCAGCUGCAGCGCAAUUUAACAUGGAGCACGCCGCAGGAAAAAAGAGUUCAGUGCAAUUUCAAAGGCAAAAACUUACAGACCGACUGCUUCAACUACGUCAAGAUUUUGCUGCGUGUGAACAGCACUCAUCUGUACGUGUGUGGAACGUAUGCUUUCAGCCCCAUCUGCGCAUACAUCAACACGUCUGAUUUUUCCCUGGUGUGCGGUGAAAGCGGCGAGAUAGUCACUGAGGAUGGUCGGAGCCGGUGCCCUUUUAACCCUGAAUACAAGUCUACCGCCGUCAUGGCUGACGGAGAGCUGUACACUGGCACGGUCAGUAACUUUCAAGGGAAUGAACCCAUCAUUUACAAAAGCCUUGGCCUGGGCAUGGCUCUAAAGACGGAGAACUCGCUGAACUGGCUUCAAGACCCGGCUUUUGUGGGCUCAGCUUUCAUUCAGGAGAGUUUGCCCGAAGGCAAUGCAGUGGGCGAUGAUGAUAAGAUUUACUUCUUCUUCAGCGAAGCGGGAAAGGAGUUUGAUUUCUUUGACAACACCAUUGUGUCACGCAUCGCUCGCGUGUGUAAGGGUGAUAAAGGUGGAGAGAGGGUUCUUCAGAAGAAAUGGACAACAUUUCUAAAAGCCCAGCUCCUGUGUUCACUGCCUGAUGAUGGAUUUCCCUUCAACAUCAUUCAGGACAUGUUUGUUCUGACCCCCAGUAAAGAGUCCUGGAAAAGUACUGUGUUUUAUGGAGUCUUCACCUCCCAAUGGUACAAAGGAGCUUCGGGCAGCUCGGCUGUUUGUGCGUUCACCAUGGACCAGGUCGAAGAGGCUUUUAACGGCCGGUAUCGAGAGGUUAACCGAGAGACGCAGCAGUGGUAUACAUACAACCACCCAGUGCCGGAACCGAGACCCGGGGCGUGCAUCACCAACGCUGCUCGGUCCCAGGGCAUCUCCUCCUCCCUGCACAUGCCUGAUAAGGUGCUGAACUUCGUGAAGGAUCAUUUCCUCAUGGAUAACGUGAUUCGCAGCCAGCCUCUGCUGCUUAAACGAAACGUGCGCUACACGCAGCUCGCAGUGCACCGAGUACAUGCGCUCCACAACACGUAUGAUGUGCUUUUCAUUGGCACAGAUGACGGCAGAAUUCACAAAGCCAUCAACGUUGGGAACAAGAUGCACAUCAUUGAGGAGCUGGUGAUUUUCCCUGAACCUCAGCCUGUUCAACACAUAGAACUGCAUGAAGACAAGGGACUGUUGUUUGUCUCCAGCUAUUCCGGGUUGGUUGAAAUCCCUCUAGCCAAUUGCUCCAACUACCAAAGCUGCGGAGAGUGUAUUAUAUCUAGAGAUCCGUACUGUGCCUGGUCAGGAAAGCAGUGCUCAAAUAUCAGACAUGGUCCAACUAAGAGCCAAUGGCAACAAGAUGUAGAUGAUGCUAACACCGCCAUGUGCAAAAUGGCCAUGCCUAACCCUCGUUCUGGAAGACCAGCUCCACCACGUGUGCAGCCGUGUCGUCAGAUUCAGAUACCAGCCAACACAUUUGAGGUUCUGCCCUGUAACCUGCGUUCCAACUUGGCUAAACGGCAAUGGGAGUACAGCCAUUCCGCUGAGCGGUUCGUCUACCCCAGCCCUGAUGGUGGGCUAGUUGUAGUCGCCCAGGUGGACAGAGAGGAAGUUUAUGAAUGUUGGUCUGAAGAAGGCGGCUAUCGACAACUUCUGGCCAAUUACUGCAUUAAAGCCGAGCCAGAAAGCACCACCCUAACAGGACGAUCCCGGACACAGUUAGUGCCCCAGGGGGAGGCCAUCAUCCUGCCCGGAGAAACUUGGUCACCCCAGAAAACCAAAACUUACUGGAACGAGCUGAUCGUGGUGUGUGCUUUACUUGUCUUCUCUCUGGUGGUCCUGUCGUUGUUCGUGGCUUACAGGAACCGUGACAGAAUGAAGUCCAUGCUUAAGGAAGGCGAGUGUCCCAACAUGCAGCAGAAGAAGCCGCGGAUUCCAGGGAAGCACACGGAGAGCCUUCCGUUAAACGGCAACAAUAUCCCGCCCUCGGUGUCCGACCACAAGGGCUACCAGACCCUCAAUGAUAACUACAUCUGUAGUACACCCACCCACGAAUGCUCAUCGCCUGAGAACAGCAAAAGCUUCUCCGAAUCAGAGAAAAGACCGCUGAACUUAAAAGAGAGCCACGUGGAGAUCUCGCCGACGUGCCCGCGGCCUCGGGUGCGGCUCGGCUCGGAGAUCAAAGACUCCAUCGUUUAGGUCUAGAAAUAUGAUGAAACGUGGUUGGAACGACUGUUAAAAAAGUGGCCUGUGAUUGAACAGCACCAAGCGAGGAACAGACUGAAAUGACUGGAUUACAUACCAUCACUGGGAUUUAUUUUGCACUUUGUCCUCUAAUUAUGUCUCGGUGAUCUGUUCUCAUUUCUCAGUCACUGCCUGUGAAGCUCUCAGAGAGCCGCGAUGAGCGGUACGCAAGGCCUUUGUAGCUAGUACACUUUGAAAUCACGAUGGGCAUCGUGAGACGCCGAUCAUGCGGUCCUAAAGCGUACCUGCCCAGUCCGUCCUAAACGUCCGAUGGCAUCUUCGUGAAAGCAAUACAAUGCCCUCAGGGCCGACCUGUCAUGCUCCCAUCUCAUCCCCCCGUCUGCUGCUUAGCAGAGCUAGUUUUCAGAUAAAACCCAAGAACAUGACAAAACCUUAGUCUAUAGCGGAGUCAACUAGAAUUUUAGUGCCUGACGUUAGAUGGUUAGUCUGCAUUUGAGCAUUAAACAGAAUAUAGGGAGUAGUGGUACAUCAAAAGCUUUGACGAAGCCCGAUGAUAUAUGCAAAAUUUUCAGGCGGUAUAUCAUCACGACCUCAGCACAUAGCGGGCAUACUAUGCAAAUCUCAUGAAUGAAUCUAAAUGGAGAAGCAUGUGUAGAGAGCUAACAAAUACAGCUGCUCGAGUUCAAUAAGUGAUGCCACGUCCUUAGUAUUCUACACAACUUCUCAGAGAUACACACGAUAAGUAUGCAAGUGAGGUUAAGGUACAAUCGAGACGAGCGCAUGGCGGGGUUUCAGUAUGUGGAGGUCUCCAAAGAAGACACAUUAGCAAUACUACACUAUGAGUAUAUACAAGACUCAAAUUUAAAAGUUAAAAAGAAAGUGUCUUUAAAAAUGAGAUCACUAUUCCCCCACCAACCAAACAAAAUCUGUUGCUAAUAGAGAAAACGUAGACUUGGUUAACACAGAUAAUGACCAAAAUCUGUUGAGAUUGUUUACUGAUCCAAAUUGGUGAUCUAUUGUGCCAAAUGAUUUGAAAUCAAUCUUUCAAAAGCCAGAGAGCAAGGGACGUUCUCCUAAAAGUGUACUUGUGUCCGAUUAAAGAUAUUUAUACUGCCGUGUUGUAAACUCAUAGGUUAAAAAUUCUACUGAUGUAUUUGCAUGCGGAUAGAAUGGCAACGUUCAUGUCCUCAGUGUAUGCAAACACACGGUUACGUGGUUAAGGCUUUACAUGCCACUUUUAUGUGAUGCGAUCUACGCUACGUGAAAAGUGACCGGCAGAUUUUUUCCAUGAAAAAGUGCCAUGCUCACUGUAUCACCUUAAGUCAACGGUAGGCUAACUGAUGUUUCUGGGUGGGAGCAAUGACAUAGUGAAAUGGUCCGUUAUAAAUAGUCAUCUGCCAAGGAAGUAAUAGUGGUUCGAUUUUAAAUUCAAACAGUGCUACUCUUGGCUGCUACAAAGCAAUGGAAACCACAAAACAAGACAUACAAAUAUAUGUUAUUAUAGCAUAUCAUAGCAUAGCAUCAACAUAUGGAUCCAUGUAAAAAUGUACAGUUCAGAACACAGAAAAAGAUUUUGUUUGAUUCCAGUAUCAUUCAUUAUAAAAAUGCCCAAAGACAAGCAUUGUAUAUUGCACCACCCUAGUGUGUAAUAUAUAUUCGAUUUCAUUGCCAUUAAUCUUUAAAGAUCACAAGGACAUUUGUGUUGUGAAUGUAGUAAUAUAUUGAUUGAAAGUGUUCCAAAAUGAUUCUUUCAAUAGAAACAUUGUGUCUUAUUUAAAAUCUAAAGAGGAUUUGUUACUUUCACAUCAUCUGACAAAGUAGCUGUGCAUUGGGAAAGCUGCUGGUGAACAAUGAGAGGUGUAUAAUUGUAUUGUAUUUGUAAUGGGAGGCCGUGAAAGGCUUUUAAAGCUACUUUUGAAAGAUACAAUUAUCAGCUGCUUUUAAGCAAAAUGCAUUUGCGCAGAAUGUGGAAAUGUUUUAAACGAAAGUGUCUGGGAAUGAGUAUUCUCUUGCCAAUUCUGAAGCAAGCACCAGCUUUGGUUAUAUGGAUGCCUCCAAGCAAGAUGUUGUGACUCGAAGGUUGCGUUGAAACAAAUGUAUUCUUGUAGCCUUUUUGUGACUUCAACACAUGUGAAUGAAGAGCAAACCUCACAUGCAUGUCUGCUCUGGUGGACUACACAGUAGAUUAUUCUAGUACCUUGUAAAGUCGCAAACCACUGUAUAUUGAAUGGUUAUCUGUGCAGCAGUCCACUGCAAGGGUGUGUCUCCACUGUGCUUAUACAGUGCCUCCAGAGAUCCGUUAAUAUAUACAUUAAUCACACACACAUACACUUACUGCAUAUGUUUAAAGCACAAAAAAGAAAAACUAUGUAUUUGUAACAAUGAUAUAAAUAUGAUUUACAUGUACCCAGACCUCUGUUUGAAAAUCACUUUCAAAAUAUUGUCAUGCAAAAAUAAUUUAAAUUGUAAGCAAAUUUGUUUUUCAGUAACUCAGAUUAUGAUCAUUAGCGUGCCGUUUUUACAGAGUAGACAAUGUGAAAAAUUCACUGUACAUCAGCUGCUACCUGCGAGCGGUAGAUCACGUAUAGACAGCUAUACAGUAUAGUCACAUAUUUCUCUCAGACAUCGGAGUGUAGUCUUCUAUACUCUUAAUCGCUCAAAAACAUUCUUUAUAAAUGCGCACCGAGAUGCUCUCUAAUCUAUUGUAAGUUAAUGUCUUGUAAACUUUAUUGUAAAAGUGUAUUUGUACAUUUUGCUGCCAAUGUAAAGAAAAAAUACUGUUGUUAAAUGUAUUUUUUGUAUUAUACAUCACUACUGUUUUUGUUGUUUUUAUUAUAUUGUACAUAAAAGCACUUUAAUUUUAAUUUUUUAAAUAAAAGAAAUAA